CUGGAUUCUCCAUUUGGUCCUGGAAAGCCAGUUCUUAACCAGUGCUCCUGUUCGUUUUUUCUAUUUUUGUUUUUCUCAAAUAUGCCUAGAACAACGCCAUCAAAUUUGAAUAAAGCAGAGACGCUUAAAGCCAUUUGAAGGAACUACUCAGACAUCUCAACAUGGGAAAAUAAGAUUAGAUCAAGCAACGCUCCACCACUCUUCCCCUCUGGAUCAAACCUGGCAACAAUGCAGGUUGGUCUUCAGGUCACCAGCAGCACGUCUCUCCAGAUCCCUCCUCAGCCUAAGAGCUUGCUGGACACUGUUCAGCCCGUCCUGGUCCACGCCAUCAUCAGCCCUGAGCAGGGUAUGGAGGGAACCCUCCAGACACCACGGCCCCCCAGGACCUGCAACACACCUGGACCUGCUGGGAAAUCAUGCUGGAACUUGGACGUGAGGGUGGCCGUGCUUCUGGUGACUGUGGCUGGAGCUAUAAUCCUGCUGCUGCUGUACAGACUCUUACAGCUGAGACACAGGCUGAGGUUGGCCAGGGCGAGGCACGCUCUGGAGUACUAUAGCUUCUUCCACACCGCCACCUAUACACUCAAACACCCUGCAGCAUGUCAGGACCUGCUAGCCAAGAACGGGACGGUCCCUGAAGCUGCUCCGCCUGUCCAAACCGUAACCCCGGUCAUCCCCACUGUCAUCACCCCACUCCCCCACCCACCUGUGUCUUCUCCACCCCCACUGCCGCUCCCCCCACCUCCGGUGCUGCCUCCACCACCACUCCACACUCCACCUUCUCUCCCUCCAACACCUCCUGUCCUGGCCUUCCCUCUGCCCCUGCCUGUGAUCCACACCACCCCGCCUAGCCCUCACCUGUCGUGGGGUGCCUGCUCGGACGCAGAUGUGUACUCUCGGAUUGGAGCUUUCAGACCGUCCAGGCUCUCCAGCCUCUCUAACCACUCCAAAGUCAUCCUGUUUGAACACUCGUCUCUCUGAUUUGUGAUGCAGAACAUGACUGGAGACCUCUGAGUUUGAGAAGACUGCAGUGAUUACCCAAACCCCUCUAAUGGACUGAUAAUCAUCCAGGGACUAUUAAGUGUGACUAUUAAGGCAUAGACAAAUAUUUGUUCAGAUACUUUCAGGUCUUUCAAGAACUGAAGUUUGAGUUUUUUGAGGCACUGAAUUGAUUUAUCUACUUUGCUUUAAAAUACCAGACUUUGUGCCAGACCUCUGCAAGAAAAUUGCAG